CCUCUUCACACCAACCCCAAUCCUUCCUCGUUUUCAGCUGGUGAUUUCCCCCACUACUUCCACCAUUGACAAGGGCUUUUGUUUAUUCACUUCAUAACCUUAUAAAUAGCCCUCUACAUCCCAUGGAUCUUCCCCAACCCAAGCAACAAUACCUCCAAACAUCCCUCCAACCCAAACCUCUUUCUCUUUCUUACCUUGUUUGAUUGGAGCACAGAUAUGGCUUCUUUUUUAUGCUUGAAGGCUCUGGCUUGUCUGGCUCUUGCUCUCACUCUAUGUGUGCAAGGCACCCUAGGAGAAGGAACCAUCAGUUGUGAGAAACUGGAGAAGGACAAGUGCUCAUUUGCGGUAUCAUCAGCAGGGAAGAGAUGUGUGCUUGAGAAGAGCGUGAAGAGGAGCGGAGAGGAGGUUUACAUUUGCCGGACAUCAGAGAUAGAGGCAGAGAAUGUGAAGGAUUUGAUUGAAACAGACCAAUGCAUUGAGGCUUGUGGUUUGGACCGCAACUCGUUGGGGAUAUCUUCUGAUUCCCUCUUGGAGUCUCGCUUUACUCACAAGCUUUGUUCUUCUUGUUGCUACCAUAGCUGCCCCAACAUCGUUGAUCUCUUCUUCAAUCUCGCUGCUGGUGAAGGCAUAUUUCUUCCCAAAUUAUGUGAAGCACAAGGAGCAAACGCGCGAAGAGCAUUGUCUGAGAUGAAAAGCUCUGGUUUCGUCGCACCAGCUCCAAAAUCCGGUGGCUUCCCUAUGAAAUUCGAAGUUGAACCAGCAAUGGCUCCCAAGUAGAUUUAAAGAGACAUUAUUAAUCAUGGAUGGUUAUUGAAUAAUAAUAUACACAUUGUAUCAUGACCAGGGACUUGUUGAGGACUGCAUAUAUCUUCAGUUCUUCAGGGCAAUGGUGGUCAUGAUCUGCUACAUAUGUUCUAGUGGGUAGACAUAGUUUGUAUUCCUUUUUAAGAUUUUGGUGUGACAUUGGUUGUGUUGGGUUUUCAUACAGGAAGAUGUAUAAUUAAAUAUUGUAGUACCUAGAGAGGUAGCUAUGGUGUGCCAAGUAUUGUAUGAAACAUUAUCCAUCUACUUUAUAAAAAUAAUUACAGAUUCAAAUCA